AUGUCUGACGGCGAAAUCAAAGAUGCGAUUCGAAAGGGCAGUGUGCCCAAGGUUCAAUCCACCAAGGAGGCCCUGGAGAUCGCUCACGCGGGAGGCUGGGAAGCAGAUGCUUUGAUCGAACAGCUCGAGAAGGAACUCGCGGAGCAAGGCGACAAGAAGGGCAUGUUUGAUCUUGAGUUCAACAAUCCAAAGCACUUUACCUGGCUUCUUGUGGCGUUCGCUUCCAUGGGUGGUCUCCUAUCCGGAUUGGAUCAAUCUCUGAUCUCGGGAGCGAAUCUGUUCUUACCGGAUGAUCUGGGUUUGAACUCUUCCCAAAACUCGCUCGUCAACUCUGCAAUGCCACUGGGCGCUGUCGGUGGUGCAUUGAUUCUGUCUCCUUGCAACGAGUUUUUCGGACGUCGAUGGUCGAUCAUCAUCAGCUGUAUCCUCUACACAAUCGGUGGAGCUUUGGAAGCCGGCUCGAUGAACUAUGGCAUGAUCGUUGCUGCAAGAGUAAUCCUUGGCUUGGGUGUUGGCUUGGAGGGUGGUACCGUGCCAGUCUAUGUCGCGGAGACUGUCGAGCGCCGUCUUCGUGGUAACAUGGUGUCACUCUAUCAAUUCAACAUCGCCCUUGGGGAAGUACUGGGAUAUGCUGUCGCAGCGAUGUUCGUGUCUGUCCGUGGCAACUGGCGCUACAUUCUUGGAUCUUCCCUGGUCUUUAGCACCAUCAUGUUAAUCGGUAUGCUUUACAUGCCAGAGAGUCCUCGUUUCCUCAUGCACAAGGGUCGUGUGCUUGAUUCUUACAGAGUCUGGAAGCGCAUUCGCGGAACUCGCACUGCUGAGUCGAGAGAGGAGUUCUACGUCACGAAGAUUGCUGCCGAGGAGGAGAAGGCCGAAGUUGCUGCUGGAUCUGGAUCUCGAAGGGCACCAUGGCUCGACUUCUUCACCAAGCCUCGAGCUCGACGUGCCAUUGUGUAUGCCAACAUUAUGAUCUUCCUGGGUCAAUUUACGGGAAUCAACGCCAUCAUGUACUACAUGAGUGUACUGAUGUCGCAGAUGGGGUUCGACAAGUUAGAGGCAAACUACAUGUCGCUCGUAGGAGGUGGCUCUCUGCUUAUUGGAACCAUUCCAGCCAUUUUCCUGAUGGAGACUUGCGGACGACGAUUCUGGGCCAUUGCUAUGCUGCCAGGUUUCUUCGUUGGUCUGGUGCUUGUAGGUGCCUCGUAUCACCUCGAGAUCGGGUCUUCAGCAUCUCUGGGUGUUUACCUCAGCGGUCUCAUCAUCUAUGAGCUCUUCUUCGGAUCCUACGCGACAUUGACUUGGGUCAUUCCAGCUGAAGUAUAUCCCACAUACCUUCGAUCCUACGGCAUGACGACUAGCGAUGCCCUUCUCUUCCUCUGCUCCUUCAUUGUCACCUACAACUUCACAGCGAUGCAAAACGCCUUCACCAAGACCGGUCUCGCACUCGGCUUUUAUGGAGGCAUUGCAGUCCUUGGCUGGUUCUACCAGGUCUUUUUCAUGCCAGAGACGAAAGAUAAGACGUUGGAAGAAAUUGAUGAGGUGUUUCAAAAGCCGACUUGGGAUCUUGUGAAGGAGAAUGCUGCGAAUGCUCGGCAGACAGCCGUGGAUCUGUGCCACUUCAGAUUCCGGAAAGUAUUCAUCGACAGCGCUACACCACGUCGUGCGAGUAUUGUUGAACAACUCAGGGAUGACAAAGCGUAA